AUGUUUAAAGGUAAAAAGUUGAAAGAUGUAUUAAAAUCUUCUAGUAAAUCAGAUGGUCAAACAUCUAGUAAAAAAGCUAGCGACAGUGGUGGCUCUUCGAGGUUUAAGAGUAUGUCAAGUGCGUUUAAAUCUUCUAGUAUUCCUGAGAUAUCUUCUAGUGGUUCUGGUAUGUCAAGAAUUUUUGCAGCUUCUGAAAUUAAUAAACAUGGUAUUAGGGGAAGGAUAACUGCAACAGCGUUUGAUCAAACUCAAAGUUUAUUAGCUAUUGCUACUGAUGCUGGUGAUUUGCAUGUGUAUGGUCAGAAACAAGUGGAGGUCGUUUUCACGUUUGAUGGCAAAGCUCCAAUUAAAGAAAUUAUCUUUAUUAAAGGUAUAUAUUUAGCUGCAAUUGAUGAAAAAGAUGUAAUAAUGAUAUUAUCCUUAUACUCUAAAAAAGUUUUAACUACGGUUUUCACUCCAGGUAAGUUGACAUGUGUCGAGACUGAUCCAUCUCUAGAUUGGAUUUUAUUAGGUCUACAAAGUGGUACUAUUAUAGCUUAUGAUGUCGAUAGAGAUCAGAUGUCUCAUUUUAAGAUAGAAAAUUUACAGAAAUUAAAUUUCUUUAAGAAGGGUAGAGUAUCCCCAGUGGUAUCUAUGCAAUGGAAUCCAAGGGACCUUGCUACUGUUCUGAUCUCAUAUGAACAGUCUACUGUAAUAUUUUCAUUAGCUGAUAAUUCGGUUAAGCAACAUUUUAUAUACGAAUUACCUCCAAAUGCACCAGGUGGUGAAUAUUCAAUGGAUAUCUCAGAAACCCGUUAUCCAAAAGUUAUCCAAUCUUUGUACCACCCUAAUUCAUUGCAUAUAUUAACUGUCCAUGAAGAUAACUCUUUGGUAUUUUGGGAUGCAAACACAGGUCAACUUAUCCAAGCGAGAACAUGUUUCGAAACGGACGUUCACAAACCUCAACCUGGGUUGGUUAAAAUGGCACCUACUGGUAUUCCAAGAGUAAGAAAAGCUGCUUGGAUUUGUCAAAACAAUCCCGAGUAUACCUCACUGUUGAUUGCAAAUAGCUUUUCUGAAGAUGCUUCAAGACAACAAAACUUGGUCUAUAUAGAUCUCGGAGGUACUCCACUAUAUACCCUAACCACUUAUGAUGCAAUGAGUAAGUUUUAUUCGAGACCUAAAGAACAGAAAAUCUUCCCAUUGCUUAAAGAAUCUAAGAUUGUGAAUUUUUUACCAUUACCUAGAGCUUCCCCAUUCUUUGGAGGUUCACAUGAUCCUGCUAUAAUCCUUUUGUUUUUUGAGAAUGGUGAGAUGGAAACUAUGUUAUUUCCUUCAGGGGCUUUAAGUACAAAAUCUACUCUCUUGCCUCAAAGUCUAUCUUGGGUAAGACCGUUUGCAACAAAAUCGGUAGGUGUAUCAGUUCCAAAGAAGUUAUGGCUUGGUAUGAUGUCGAAUGCAAGAAAUGAAACUGGAAUCUUAAAGGGUGGUUUCCCAGUAAAGAAAGAUACAAGAGUUCAAGAAGUUAGAUCAGCGAUAGCAACGGGCCAUUCUAAUGGAUCUGUUAGAAUUUGGGAUGCUUCCCCAGCUGAGUUAGAAGAUACAUCGGUAUAUGAAGUCAAUCUAGGGUCAAUUUUGAAUGUCGGUAAAAACUUUGCUGUGACAAAUAUCUCUUUUUCUGCAGACACUUUAGAAUUAUCAGUGGCAAUUGAAUCUGGUGAUGUAGUAUUUUUCAAAUUCGAAACAAAUCCUAAUUAUUCUCCUAAUGGAGCCAAUGAGAAACAGAUGGAAAUGAAAUUUAGAAGAUUUUCUUUGAAUUCUUCAAAUGACGUGCUGAUUGAUGUCAGCGAUAGAGCUCCUACUAAUAUGAAUAAAGGUAUGAUUCCAAGCAUCGUGGUUCACUUAAACAGAGGUGCCGUCUCUGCUGUUAGAAAUAGUAACAUCGGUUUCGUUGCUAUCGCCUAUAAAGAAGGUAGUAUAAUAUUGGUCGAUAGAAGAGGUCCAGCAAUUAUUCAUUCUGAUAAUCUUAAGAAAAUUUCAAGGUUAAAUAGUAACUGCGUUACAUAUAUCGAUUUUUUUAUUUUAGAAUAUGGUGCAGAAGGUUACAGCAGUAUUGUAAUGCUUUGUGGUACCGAUGCAGGUGAAUUGUUAACUUAUAAGAUAUUACCUGCUCAAAAUGGUAGAUUUGUCGUUGAGCUAAUCGAAGUUGUUCAAUCCAACGAUCCUUCUCCAGUUAGAUAUAUCGGUGCCUUUGAUAAGACAAUUGGUCGUUCUUGUAUAGCAACAAUUGCAAAAAUGCAAGAAUUAAGUAAAGGUGUCCCAAUUCCAGGUUAUGUUGUUGUAGCUACUGAAGCUGAUGCAAGAAUUGUAAAAGUUGGUAAAUCCAAAGAAAGUCAUAAGUCAUUUAAAGCCCCAGUUGCAUCAUCUUCAUUAAGUUUCAUUCCAUACCUAGGUAGUAAAGGUGAGCAAAAAUUAGCCACCGUCUUGGUAAAUAUACUGGUAAAUGGUGAAAUCAAGAUUUUAUCGACUCCAGACUUAAAGGAAGUCAAAUCAUUGAGAUCGCCAGUCGCUUUACAAUCCAAGUAUAUGCAAGAAUCAAGUGUUCUUGAGAAUGGUGAUAUACUUGUUAGAAGUGGCCAGUUUAAUGCAGUUCUGUUGAGUGUAGUUAAUGAAUUCGCGACAGGUUUACGCAGACAACCUGUAGAUAAUAACAAAUUGCAAUCUACUGACACAUUAUACAAUCCAACUCUGAAAAUUCCGUACAGACCUCAAGUAAGUUCAUUACAAUGGGCAAGAGGUACUGUCAUGAUAACUGCCAGUCAAUUGGAUUCAUUAUUGAGUGGAGAAAAGAGACCUCCUUCCAAAUACGAAGAAAGUGCUAUUGCGUUAGGUACUGUUACAUUAAAGCCACCAAAGAAGAGCACACAAAAAAUGGUUGAAGCAGGUGGGCAAUACAAACCAGAAGAUAUGGCAUAUAAAGUACCAGUAAGACACAACCAAAAGAGUGGUGGAUACGGUAUUUUUAAAAGUGUUGCAAGAACAGUGGAAACACAGUACGAUUAUAUCGAAAGCAACAUUAACGAAUAUGCCACUGCUAUGGGUGACAGUAUGAAUGAAGCAAUGGAAGAUACAAGUAAAGAUUUGAUGAAAGGUGCCAUAGGUUUUUAA